CGUUUUGCUUCAUUCUUCUCUAGCAUCAAUUUGGCGGCAUUUUUCGAGCGGUAAUUUGAUCAGAAACUGAAAGUUUUACCGUAUAAUACAGAAAAAUGUCUUCCUACGUUACUAAGCGAAAUGGAAACAAAGAUGAUCUUAAACCUGAAAAAAUUAAUUCUAGAAUGGAAAGACUAUGUUUUGGACUAAAUACAAAAUAUGUAGACAUUUCAUCCAUUACAACUAAAGUUGUUGAAGGCCUUUAUCCUGGAAUAAAAACAUGUGAGAUUGAUAAUUUAGUUGCAGAAACUGCUGCAACAAUGACAACAAAACAUCCUGAUUAUGCUGCAUUAGCAGCUCGAAUUGCUAUUUCCAAUCUUCAUAAGGAAACAAAAUCAGUCUUUAGUGAAGUCAUUGAGGAUUUAUAUAAAAUGGUGAAUGAACGAACAGGAAAAUUAUCCCCGAUGAUUGCUGAAGAUGUUUAUAACAUUGUCAUGAAUAAUGCUGAGGUAUUAUUAUUUAUUUUCAUCAGAAAACUUUGCUAUUAAUGAUUUGAUAACAUUUUAUAUUUAACAAUGGAAAGAUCCUAUUUGUUGAAAAUAAAUGGAAAAGUUGCGGAAAGACCACAGCAUAUGUUGAUGCGAGUAUCCGUCGGAAUACAUAAAGAAGACAUUGAUGCUGCAAUUGAAACAUAUAAAUUAUUAUCUGAAAAAUGGUUUACUCAUGCUUCACCCACACUUUUUAAUGCUGGAACACCUAAACCUCAAUUGUCGAGCUGUUUUCUUUUAACAAUGACAGAUGACAGUAUAGAAGGAAUUUGUGAAACAUUAACAAGAUGUGCAUUGAUUUCUAAAGCUGCAGGAGGAAUUGGAUUAAAUGUUCAUUGUAUUAGAGCGGCUGGAACUUAUAUUGCAGGAACAAAUGGAAUAUCAAAUGGUCUGAUACCCAUGCUAAGAGUUUAUAAUAAUAUGGCACGUUAUGUUGAUCAAGGUGGAAAUAAAAGACCCGGUGCCUUUGCUAUAUAUCUGGAACCGUGGCAUGCAGAUAUUUUUGAAUUUCUUGAUUUAAAAAAAAAUACCGGAAAGGAAGAAUGUCGUGCUCGUGAUUUAUUUUAUGCACUUUGGAUUCCCGAUUUAUUUAUGCAAAGAGUUGAAGCUGAUGAUAUGUGGUCGUUGAUGUGUCCUCAUGAAUGUUCUGGAUUAUUUGACAGUUGGGGUAAAGAAUUUGAAGAGUUAUAUAAAAGAUACGAGACCGAAAAGAAAUUUAAAAAACAAGUGAAAGCUCGUACUUUGUGGUUUGCCAUUUUACAGUCUCAGAUUGAAACUGGAACUCCUUACAUGGUGUAUAAAGAUGCAUGUAAUCGUAAAUCUAAUCAACAAAACCUCGGUACAAUUAAAUGCAGCAAUUUAUGUACUGAAAUAGUUGAAUAUAGCUCACCAGACGAAGUAGCAGUAUGCAAUUUAGCUUCAAUAGCAUUGUGUCAGUUUGUUAGUAAUGGAAAAUUUGAUUUUGAGAAACUUAAUGAAGUAACAAAAGUGAUUACGAGGAAUUUAGAUAAAAUAAUAGAUACAAAUUAUUACCCUAUUCCUCAGGCAGAAUUAUCUAAUCAGAGGCAUCGUCCCAUAGGAAUUGGUGUUCAAGGCUUAGCCGAUACUUUUAUUAAAAUGAGAUAUCCGUUUGACAGUGAGAAAGCACAGAAAUUGAAUAUACAAAUAUUUGAAACAAUUUAUUAUAGUUCAUUACAAGCAAGUUGUGAACUAGCAAAAGAAAAAGGUCCUUAUUCAACAUAUGAAGGAUCUCCUGUGUCAAAAGGAAUUUUACAGUAUGAUAUGUGGAAUGUUACUCCAACUGAUCUUUGGGAUUGGACUGCUUUAAAGAAAGAUAUUGCAAAGUAUGGUGUAAGAAAUAGUUUGCUCGUUUCACCAAUGCCCACUGCUUCUACUGCACAAAUUCUUGGUAAUAAUGAAUCGAUAGAACCUUACACAAGUAAUAUUUAUGUAAGAAGAGUUUUAUCGGGGGAAUUUCAGGUUGUGAAUCAUCAUUUAAUGAAUGAUCUAACUAAUUUGGGUAUAUGGAAUGAAGAUUUAAAGAAUAAAAUAAUUGCUUGUAAUGGUUCUAUUCAGAAAAUAGAUGGUAUUUCUGAUGAAUUAAAAAAACUGUAUAGAACUGUUUGGGAAAUACCUCAAAAAUCCAUUAUUAAGAUGGCUGCAGACAGGGGGGCUUUCAUUGAUCAAAGUCAGUCUUUAAACAUUCAUAUUGCAGAACCAAAUUAUGGAAAGUUAACAAGUAUGCAUUUUUAUGGAUGGCAGAUGGGAUUAAAGACAGGAAUGUAUUAUCUAAGAACUAAGCCAGCAGCCAAUGCCAUUCAAUUCACCGUAGAUAAAACAACAUUGACAAAAACAGCAGAAACGUCUAAUGAAAUUCAGCAAGAAAAACAAAAACAAGCAAUGGUAUGCUCUCUUCAAAACAAGGAAGAAUGUCUCAUGUGCAGUGCUUAAACAUUUUAUUCAAAAUGUUGAUCAUUUCAAAGAAAUUUAUAAUAUAAAAUAUGCCUCUGAAGAAAUUUUGACAAUCAUUUGAUAUUUUUAAAGAAUUUUUCCAGUUUGA